AUGGGGCUGGUAGAGUUAGCCGUGGAAGGGAGCGGCAAAAAAGGAGCCAGGAUUAAUAUGGAGGCUCUUCUCCGGCACGAUCUGGAUCCGCAACCGCCGCCUCAACAAUCAUCUGGAAUGGCAAAGAAAAAAGCAAGAGAUCGAGAGACAGUAAGAAGUCGACAGAACAGGGUUCAAGUUCCGAAGCCUAGUCGAAAGACGCCCUUGCUCAAGAAAAAUGAAGAGUUGCUCGCGACUUCGUCGACUAACCCAGCGCCGAAAGGGCCCGUUGUUGCUCCACCAGCAAAGCGCUCGACCAAGUACCAGCCUCCAAAAAACAGCGUCCCGAAAACGCAAUCAUCGAAAACUCUCUCUAAUUCCAGCUCUCUAAAAACCCUCACCAGCACUACCUCCGCCGUGUCCAACGUUUCAAACUCUCAAAAUACUCAUCCAGGGAUUCCAAAGUUUAAAAAUACGAAAACCGUUGUCAAGGGAAAACGACCUCCAGAAGUCAAAACGUCUUCCUCAACGAACGAGCAGAAAUAUGUGACGAUUUCGGAGUCCCAACUUACGCAAAUUCUCAAUCUCGUCUCUCAAGGAAUUCAAGUUCAGCAGAACUCCCUUCAAAAUCUCCCUCAACAAGCUUUUCCCCAACCAGCUCCACAGCAGCCCCAACCUUCAGCCGUCCCAGUUGCACAACCUACAGAAAAACUUGCUGCUCAAACUACAGUUGCUCCAGAUCCUUCAGUUCCACUAGAGCCAGAAAAAGAACCAGCGAUCGUAACACGAGAUGAGCUUUUGGAAACUACUCAGAAAGCAGUUCCUCUUGCGAUGAAAUCGAGCUUCCUCCCUUACGAAGCGAUCCCAAGAGGCGAUGUCGUCGACAAAGAAAGACGAGAGCAACAGCUUGCCUGGAGGCGAGAGCUAGAAAAGCAACGAGACGAGGAUGUUAUCCGAAAGAAGAAGGAAAAGGAAGAAUACGAAAAACACAAGAAAAUCGACCAUCAUUUAGACCAAAAAGCGCAGUCCGAAUACAAAUCGUCGAUAAAAAUUAUUCACGCUUCAGUUCCCGACUCAGUUGCCACUGGAAGUGCGGAGAAUGGUACCGGUAUUUCACCGAGAAUGGGUGGCACUCAACCGCUCUCAAUGCAGAGUAGCUUUCAUCCUUCAGCAAAUGUGUCAAAUGUGGAAAGUUUGGAUCAACAGAGGAAGGAUCAGCAGCUCGCAUGGCGGAGAGAACUUGAAAAACAGAGGGAUGAGGAUCUAGCACGAAAGAAAGAAGCAAAAGAAAGAGACCAAAAACUCAAGCUGAUCGAUCAUCACCUUCAUCAACCAGACCAGAAUUAUCAAAAACCAUCGAUAAAGCUCAUCCAAGACAAUCCAAAUCAUCAAGAUCAUAUUUCUUCGCUUGGAAGCUUUCAAUCAGCGGUAGAUCAGUUGCAUGGAACGCAUGUCGGGGACACCGGUCAUCAUAGAAAUAUGAAUGCGCUGAAAGAUCCUGCAGAGCUCGAAAGAUUAGAAAAACUGCGCAAGCAGCAUGCAGAAACAGAAAGAGAUCUUCAACUCCAAAUUGAAGAAAAGAAACGAGCCAGGCAAUCGGCUCGUGGGAACGAUGAUGAUGGCGAGCCCUGGUGGGUGAAGCAAGAUCGAAAGAUCGCUAAUGCAAACCGACGAAAUCAGGCCCAACCAGCUCCUCAAAUGCCUGAUCGGCCGAUUCACACUCACCAAGCACAUCCGCCGAAGCAAGCCGAGCUUACAGUCGACGUUCUCCACAGCAAAUUCGACACGGAUACCACGACGACUCAAUUGAAAGGAGAACCAAUGGUCGCUCCACUGAAGCUAGAAGAUCUUCUUGAGAACUCAAGGCGAUCUCCGUCUCCUCAAAGAAAUCCACAAACAGCAAAGAAAUCAGCGGAAGCAAAGCAGAAAACACUCCUAGAGCAGGGUUCAAAAUCACCUAGUUUUUAG